AGAGUAGGGAACAAAGGGCCUUACCUUGGCAGACUUCACAAGCCUUUAACACGUGAUAAAGAAUACAAAAAAAAAAAAAAAACCCUCCUCGCCAUUACCCACACUCUCCCCAAAAGCAGCUGCUACUGCUAGCAUUAGCAAAGCACUUUGCAUGCGUGUAUUAAAAGAGGCAGGAUUCUUCUUCAUCAUCAUCUUCUUCUUCCCCAUUCUCAAUCCAUUUCUCCUCCAACAACGAAACUGAAGCAAAGCCCCAAGCUUUACUUUCCUUCACUGUAACCCACUUCCAUAUAUCUCUCAAGCAGCCAGCCGGAGUGUGUUGUUGUGAUCUUUGGUGAGUGUGUAGUAUUGGGUUAGAUUGUAUUUAUUGUUCUUGCGGAGUUGCUGUAGUGUUGGCCCCAAUUCAAUUUAUUUAUUGGUUUGCUCUCUUUUUCGGCUGAUCUCGCAGCAGAGCAAUAAAUUCGGGUUUGGGAUAUGGGGAUAGUGAUUUCACUCAACUCACUCACUGGCCCUUUUCAAAGUUUAUUCCUUUUUCUUCUCCUCUUCCCUCCUCCUCCUUUGCAUAACACCUUCUUGUUCUUUUUGGCCUUUUCUAUGUGUAGUCUUGUGGGUUUCCAAAUCUCUCUGUUGAUGGAAUAACAAGAAUUUAAUGUUUUGGAAUGCCGGGUUGCUGCUGUGUUUGCUUCUUCCUUCCUUUCCAUCCCUUCAAUAUAUGCCCUGCUUCUGGCCUUUUCUGCUUGUUAGAUUUCUAUUCUUCUUCCUGCACUUUUGUGGGCUGUAGGGGGUAGAGGGGGGAGAACUUACUGGAGAAGGCCCGAAGGGUCUACUUUUCCGUCCAUUUCUUCGGUUUCUCCACCAAGUGUUUGCAAUAAUCCUCUGAGAGAGAAAGAUUAGUUUGAAAGCUUCUCCCUUUGUCUGCUUCCUUUUGGCUCUCCUCCUUCCCUCAUGCAACUGUGAUUUUCGCAAAAAUGGAACCCUCUAAAUGCCUCGGGGAUACUCAUGGAGGGUAUUUCACUAUUCCUUCUUCUUCUUCUUGCUCUUCUUAUUCUUCCUGGUUCUGGUUUUGGGGUUUCGUGUUCUCUCCAUUUCCCCCCCCUUCAGCUCGAGAAAAGAAUGAGCACCACUAGAUUCAUUCAAAGCAUGGGAACCCAAUUUUAAAACUACUAGUUUCUAGUCACUCCCCCCCACGCCACUACCACAAAAGUAAAAAAAAAUGUCUAAAUACUUGAUUAUUUUAUAUCUUCAGCCUUCAGUACUGUUCAUGUAAUGGAGAGCACUGUUCUUAUUCAAUUACCCAUUUCCAACUUCCAUCUGUAUCUGUGGGUGGGCGUCCAUCCAAAUCACGAACAGUCAGCUACAAGAACUGUAACUCUCCGCUUCUGGGUUAUCCAAUCUCUUCUGAAAAUGCUUUGUGUGUCCAAAAACUUUGGUGAAUCUGUCUGGGUCUCCUGUCACAAAUCUUACAUGAGUAACAGUGAAAAAUGUUCAAAUGCAAAUGUCUUUGUCCAACUUUUGUUUGCGUAUUCCAGCUAGCACUACUCAUUUGCUAUAUUUGCCUUUCAUUUUGGCAAGCAUGCAAUUUUUUUUUCCUUCCCUCACUUCUUCUUUGUUUCCUGCCCUUUUGUUGUAGUUCGGGAAGCAAAUGUGCGAAGGCUAGAAGAGCAGAGUAGCUUUCUUGGUGUCCGGUGAACGUGAAAAACAACCUUGGAAGUGUUAAGAGUGGUUUUGUUAUAAAGCUACACAAGAAUGCCAAUAGGACAGAUGAAAGAGAGCUCGGAGCAGCACUUAGUGAUCAAGCCUCAGUUUCAGAACGUUGCAAACAGGCCUGCUAAAAACCGCAAGACUGCUCAGAAUGGGAAAGGGCCACCGUCUCAAUCCCAGGAAACCCAUAAUGCUGCUGCUACUACCAAGCCCCAGAAUGAGAGUUCAAGCUCGCCUCCUGCUGCCGGGAAGAACAGAGGGAGAAGGAGAAGCAGAGGUGGCCGGAAAUCUGAUCAAGCUGAGGCCUUUAUGAGGCCAAGCUCAAGGCCAUGUACUGUGGCUCACAAGCCUGCCAAUGGAAGAGGCGACGAUGAUGAUGGUGUUGGUGGGUCCCUUCCAAAUGGGUCAAUUGAAAACUGUGGAGCCAUGGUAACGGGUCAGCCGCAGCAGCUGGGUUUUCCCACCUCGAGCAAGUCUUUGAACUUUGCUCAAAGGCCUGGCUUUGGUCAGCUUGGGACAAAGUGUGUUGUCAAGGCAAAUCACUUCUUUGCAGAGUUACCAAACAAGGACUUAAAUCAGUAUGAUGUUACUAUCACUCCUGAGGUGGCAUCAAGAACCAUUAAUAGAGCUAUAAUGGCAGAGCUAGUGAGGCUCCACAGAGACUCUGAUCUAGGAAUGAGACUUCCUGCUUAUGAUGGCAGAAAGAGUCUUUACACAGCUGGUCAGCUUCCCUUUGCUUGGAAGGAGUUCACCAUUAAGCUAAUUGAUGAUGAGGAUGGUGUAAAUGGUCCCAAGAGGGAAAGAGAAUACAAAGUGGCCAUUAAGUUUGUUGCAAGGGCUAACAUGUACCACUUGGGUCAAUUUCUGGCUGGUAAACGUGCUGAUGCUCCCCAGGAAGCUCUCCAAAUUCUUGACAUUGUAUUGAGAGAACUCUCCUCGAAAAGGUAUUGUCCCAUAGGUAGGUCAUUCUUUUCACCUGAUAUUAGAGCGCCUCAAAGACUGGGUGAGGGUUUGGAGUCAUGGUGCGGAUUCUACCAGAGCAUCAGGCCUACUCAAAUGGGCCUCUCACUGAAUAUUGAUAUGGCUUCUGCUGCAUUUAUCGAGCCCCUUCCUGUGGUGGAGUACGUAGCUCAGCUUCUUGGUAAAGAUGUGUUGUCGAGGCCAUUGUCUGAUUCUGACCGUGUGAAGAUCAAAAAGGCUCUUAGAGGAGUAAAAGUUGAAGUUACUCACCGAGGGAACGUUCGACGUAAAUAUCGCGUCUCAGGACUAACAGCUCAACCCACAAGAGAGCUAGUGUUUCCUGUAGAUGACAACUCAACCAUGAAAUCGGUUGUUGAGUACUUCCAAGAGAUGUAUGGCUUCACCAUCCAACAUACACACCUUCCAUGUCUUCAAGUGGGGAACCAGAAGAAGGCAAACUAUCUACCUAUGGAGGCAUGCAAGAUUGUUGAGGGGCAGAGGUACACGAAAAGGUUAAAUGACAAACAAAUUACCGCCCUGCUAAAAGUUACUUGUCAAAGGCCUAGGGAUCGAGAAAAUGACAUCUUGCAGACAGUUCAGCAUAAUGCAUAUGAUCAAGACCCUUAUGCAAAAGAGUUUGGACUUAAAAUAAGUGAAAAGCUAGCUUCCGUCGAGGCUCGAAUCCUCCCUGCCCCUUGGCUGAAAUAUCACGACACAGGGAAGGAAAAAGACUGUUUGCCUCAGGUUGGUCAAUGGAACAUGAUGAACAAGAAAAUGAUUAAUGGAAUGAAUGUGAAACGAUGGGCUUGCAUUAAUUUCUCAAGGAGUGUACAAGAAAAUGUUGCUCGUGGAUUUUGCAAUGAACUUGCUCAAAUGUGCCAAGUUUCUGGCAUGGAAUUCAAUCCAGACCCUGUAAUCCCUAUCUACAAUGCCAGGCCCGAGCAAGUAGAAAAAGCUUUGAAGCAUGUCUUUAAUGCAUCUAUGAACAAGACCAAGGGGAAAGAACUGGAACUACUAUUAGCUAUUCUACCAGACAACAACGGUACCUUAUAUGGCGACCUCAAGAGAAUAUGUGAAACUGAUCUUGGUUUAAUCUCGCAAUGCUGCCUCACGAAGCAUGUAUUCAAGAUCAGCAAGCAGUACUUGGCUAAUGUGUCCUUAAAGAUCAAUGUCAAGAUGGGUGGAAGGAACACUGUGCUGUUAGAUGCUAUCAGCUGCAGAAUACCAUUAGUGAGCGAUAUACCAACCAUAAUAUUUGGUGCAGAUGUGACUCAUCCGGAGAAUGGGGAAGAUUCAAGCCCCUCCAUUGCAGCUGUUGUAGCUUCACAGGACUGGCCCGAGGUGACCAAAUAUGCUGGAUUAGUUUGUGCUCAAGCUCACAGGCAAGAACUCAUACAAGAUCUAUACAAAACGUGGCAAGAUCCUGUUCGGGGUACUGUUAGUGGUGGCAUGAUCAGGGAUCUUCUGAUUUCCUUCAGGAAGGCAACAGGACAGAAGCCAUUGCGAAUAAUAUUCUACAGAGAUGGAGUUAGUGAAGGUCAAUUUUAUCAGGUCUUGCUCUACGAGCUGGAUGCAAUUCGCAAGGCUUGUGCUUCUCUGGAACCAAACUAUCAACCUCCAGUGACUUUUAUUGUAGUACAGAAGCGUCACCACACUCGAUUAUUCGCCAAUAACCAUAGGGACAGGAGUAGUACAGACAAAAGUGGUAACAUAUUGCCCGGCACGGUGGUUGAUACCAAGAUCUGCCACCCAAGCGAAUUCGACUUCUAUCUUUGUAGUCAUGCUGGAAUCCAGGGGACAAGCAGGCCAGCUCACUACCAUGUUCUAUGGGAUGAAAACAACUUCACAGCAGAUGGAAUCCAGUCCUUAACAAACAAUCUUUGUUACACUUAUGCAAGAUGCACCCGUUCCGUCUCAGUUGUUCCGCCGGCAUAUUAUGCUCAUUUGGCAGCCUUCCGAGCGCGGUUCUAUACAGAACCACAGAUGCAAGAGAAUGGAUCAUCAACCGGCAGCAAGGACACACGGCUGUCAGGAGAAGCCGGUGUGCGACCGUUACCAGCCUUGAAGGAGAAUGUGAAGAGGGUUAUGUUCUAUUGUUGAUUGCAACGAGAAAUGCAAGACUCGCUAGUGGCAUUACUCCGAACUCGAGGAUGUCAGUUGGAGGGAGCAGAAGCUGCAAACAGCAAAGAAAGCCAAAGCAGAAAAGCAACCAACUUCCCUUGUAAAUGUGUUAACAAUGGAUUGGAUAUCCUAGCUAGCUUAGAGUUUCUGCAGGAUUUUCCCCACUUCAUGCCAUGGGUGAAUACUGAAUAGAGAAGAAGCAGAAGGAAAUUGACCCAACAGCUAGACAUUUUAGAGGAAGAUAAGCGUAGUGGCUUGCUCUUCAGACUAGACCAACCUCAAGUUACGUGUAUUUACUAUUUUCCCUUUUGCUUCAGGCCCCAGGGGAAAAUGCAGCUCUCAUAGUUAGUGUUACGUUUAAAACUGUCUUGGCUUGUAAAGUUCCUUUUCUAGAAUGUCUCUGUCCCGUUGGUUUUUCAUUUCUGGCUAGUGUUUCGUGAGAUUACAUUAAAACUGAGAUUGACUG